CUGGGAAGAUAUCCAGGUCCAGUAUGUCUGGAUCUGACAUUACCUCCUGUACAUGAAUGCUGGUUUUGUUUUGGUCCUUGUGCUGUGGCUUAGCCUGGAUGGUGGUGAGAGUCAUGCAAUGCCUCUCCCCUCCCGUCGUAAUGUGGCUGUGUCCCUGCUUGCACUCUUCAGGCAGCUCUACUCUUGAACAAAAGAUGAAAUUAUGACUGCUCUCCUUGUCAUUUUGUAUAGGGCCAAGGGCUUCCAGCACCAAAGGAUGACCAAUGGGGCAAUGAAUGUUGAGAUUGGAAACCCUGCUUACAAGAUCUAUGAGGGCGAGCCUGAUGACGAUGCUGGGGAGCUGCUAGAUGCAGACUUCACUCUGGACCCAGACAAGCCCACUAACUUCACCAACCCAGUUUAUGCCACUCUGUAUAUGGGAGCUCACAACAGCCGCAACUCUCUGGCCAGCACAGAUGAGAAGAAGGAGUUGCUAUCCCGUGGAGAUGAGGAGCCCCUUGUGGACCCACUGGCAUAGACCUUGGUGCCGGAUCACGCUAUUCCAAACAC